AGGAACUUGACUCUCCUCUUCGUGUGCUCCUCUGCCGAACAUCUUUUUCUGCCACCCUUUUUCUCUGUGAAUCUUUACCUUUCAGAGGAAAUAAAACCAGCCAUGGCCUAUCGUCCACCGUCCUCGACAAGUUACAGUAGCGGUGGAACCUCCGGGAUGAGCACGAGUGGCGGCGGCUUCGGCAGCAGUGGUGGUGGUGCUGGUGGUGGUGGUAGCCGAUCAUAUUCCUCAAGAUCGAUGGUCAACAACAAAUCAAACCCGUCCAGGGCGUCCGGCAGCAUGUCAUUUGGUAGGCAAGGCAUGGGUGGUGGUGGCUUCAGUUAUCCUAGUUUCAGUGGCGGUAUCAGUGGUGGAAGCAUGGGAGCUACUAUCACAGCCAUCCAGUCCAACAUGUCCCUGCUGGCCCCCCUGAACCUUUUAAUCGACCCGAACAUCCAGAUUGUCCGGACAGAAGAGAAAGAGCAGAUCAAGACUCUGAACAACCGCUUCGCCGGCUUCAUUGACAAGGUCCGCUUCCUGGAGCAGCAGAACAAGAUGCUGGAGACCAAGUGGAGCCUGCUGCAGGAGCAGACCACCACGCGCUCCAACAUCGACGCCAUGUUCGAGGCCUACAUCGCCAACAUACGCAAGCAGCUGGAUGGGCUCGGCAAUGAGAAGGGCACACUGGAGGGAGAGCUGGGGAACAUGCAGAACAUGGUGGAGGACUUCAAGAACAAAUAUGAAGAUGAAAUCAACAAGCGUGCCAACGUGGAGAAUGACUUUGUUCUCCAUAAGAAGGAUGUAGAUGGCGCAUACAUGAACAAGGUUGACCUGGAGGCCAAGGUGGACUCCCUCCAGGAUGAGAUUAACUUCCUCAGAGCCAUCUAUGAGACGGAGCUUCGUGAGCUCCAGGGACAGAUCAAGGACACCUCAGUCAUUGUGGAGAUGGACAACACCCGUGAACUGGACAUGGACUCUAUUGUGGCUGAAGUCAAGGCCCAGUAUGAAGCCAUCGCUGCUUCCAACCGUAAAGAUACUGAACAGUGGUAUCAGCAGAAGUACCAAGAGAUGGAGACGAAUGCAGGCCAGUUCGGAGAUGACCUCCGCACCUCCAAGAGUGAGAUAGCUGAGCUCAACCGCAUGAUUAGCCGGCUCCAAAAUGAGAUUGAGUCAGUCAAGGGACAGCGCGUCAACCUGGAGGCUCAGAUUGCUGAGGCCGAGGAGCGCGGUGAGCUGGCCGUGAAGGACGCCAAGGCCCGCAUCAGGGACCUGGAACAAGCCCUGCAGAGAGCCAAGCAGGACAUGACCCGCCAGGUCCGUGAGUACCAGGACCUGAUGAACAUCAAGCUGGCUCUGGAGAUUGAGAUCGCCACCUACAGGAAACUGCUGGAAGGAGAGGAGGACAGAAUCACCAGUGGCAGUGGAACUGCAACCAUCCACAUACAGUCCUCUGGUGGUGGCGGCGGCGGUGGCGGUUAUGGGGGCAGCAUGGGAGGCGGCGGUUAUGGCAGCGGCAUGGGAGGCGGUGGCGGUGGCUACGGAGGCAGCUACGGCAUGAGUGGCGGCAGCGGCGGCAGCUCCGGCAUAAUAAAAAUGAACACCGUUAGCUCCACACAACCCCGCCGUUAUUAAAAACAGCAGCUGUCUUUCUUUCCAUUCUUUGUCUUGUACCCUCAUUUUCUUCUCCUAUUCUUCCCAUUCCCUCUCCCUGACAACCACUCAUAAAAGCUUCAAAAUAUCCCCAUCACCUCACUCCUUGGAGACAUGGCAGCCUCAGAAACAUCCACAUUUGUCCGGUAUCAGCGGGCAGAUCCAUGUAACGUUUGUUUUCUGGGUUGCCACAUACCUGCGAAGAGUCAAGUCGAGGCAGAAUAAUUAGUGGACCA